AUGAGUUUGCACGGUCACGAGUUGGUAUGGGCAGACGAAGCCGAGAUCGUUUUUCUCGUCAUCUACACCACGGAAAUUCUUCUCCGGUGCAUUGCCGAGCAGUGGGGCUGUUUGUUCGAUUGGUGGUUUCUCUUUGAUUUUACACUGGUGCUCAGCGCCUGCGUGGAGCAAGUCGCCUAUGUCUUUACAGGAUCGUCGGCGGAGCAGAUCAUGAUUCUGCGGCUCUUGCGGUUAAUCCGCUUGGUCCGGAGCUUCCGCAUGAUCAAGCAGAUUAAGUCGAUCUGGCGGCUUGUGUACGGGCUGCUCACUUGUGGCCAGACAAUGUUCUCCACCUUUGCUUUGCUCUCCUUGGUCAUCUAUGUCUUCGGAGUGCUAGGUGUUGAGGUCAUCUCGAACAACACGGAACUCCAGAACAACUCGGCCACUGCCCAGAUCAUCACAAAUCAUUUUGCCUCCCUGGGCAUGACCAUGAUGACGCUGUUACAGUUCGUCACCAUGGAUUCGAUUGCUCCAGUCUACACGCCCCUGGCCCUUGAGCAGCCACUGCUGCUGCUCUAUUUUCUUCCUCUCGGGGCCAUCGUGUCCAUCUCGCUUAUGAACUUGAUCACGGCUGUGCUUGUGCCCGGCUCAAUACUCGGGACGGACAUGUGCACGCUGAUCUUGCUAGGGGCGGUUAAGUCAGUAGUAACAAGACACAGAGCCACAAAGGUGGAAGGCGCUCUGGAACAUGCACGACAAGACCGUGAGGAGGAGCUCGUGAUGUUAUCGCUUUUCGCUUUUGGUGGGCAGGAGAUGGUCAAGUUUGACAAGCCGGGAAGUGAAGGAGGCAUCAAUCGUCGGAUCCUGGACCGUGCGUCCGUGGACAGCAUGGAGGAGCUUUUCAAGAUUUUGGAUGUGGCCAGAUGCAACGAGCGGGAUGUCGGGUUUGCUUUUGCAGCUAUGCAUCCUUAUUCAACUGAUGUCACCUUGGGCUUCAAGUUCCAAGCCCUGAUGCUCCGGCUUCUCCGCGAUGCUGUCGGCGAAUUGCAGGGAGUGCCGGAGGAGACCACCGGCACUACGGUGAUCCGCCUGGAUGGUGCUGGGAAGAACGCGGGCAACGAGGAUGACCUCCAAGGAGUCGCUGACGCGCAGCCGGUGGUACUCGUGAUGCAGACCUGCAGCCACGAUGCGCCUUACGGGGAGCAUUUCCGAGUGCAGGAAACCCUCCGAUUCGUGCGCGCAGAUCGCGGCGUUGAGCUGCAAAGGUGGGUGGAGGUGAUCUGGGUCAAGGCCUGGGCUCUUUUGGAGGGGCUGUAUGACUCUAUAGGGUUUUAA